CUGAAGAGAAAAAAAAAAAAAUUUCCAUCUUCUAUUCUAUCAAUGGCGUCUAAACCAACAUCGCUUUUCCUCUUCUUCUUUCUCAUCUCUUGCACAUUUUUGUUGCAUGAAACCAAUGCAUCAAGAAAAAUGGGUACAAGCUAUAUUCCACUGUGCGGAUCAAGAGAUGAUUGUGAUGGCAUAUGGUGUAAAGGAAGAGGAGGAAAGACUGGACAGUGUAACAUGUGGCCUUGUAACUUUGAUGAAUAUUGUCGUAAGAUUGUUCGCUGCAAAGACUUGCCAGGACCAUAUUGUAUGGAAGGAAUAUGUACUUGUUAAAAAAAUACUUUGUUUUUUUAAAAUGCAUAGUGCAUUACUAAAAUAAAGUAGUUUAUUAGAUAAUUCGUUUUCCUGCUGUUACGUUGUAGUCACUAUACAAACACCAUGUUUACUAUUAUAUAUGUUAGCAAAUUUUGCUGAAUUUAGCAAA